UCCUGGACAAAUAACUGCAUAUAAUAUUGGUUCAUUAGAAAAAGUUUCUACAAAGGAUGAAAUCAAAAUUAUUAACAAUUUGACACUCAAAUCUCAAACAUAUUUUAUAUGGCAAUGGCAGCCGGUUCAGAGGAAGCACUGUGGAUGACUGACCAGAAGGUAUUGCAGAAAGUAAAAAUAGAAGGGAAGAGUUUGAAGAUAAUUACCCAAAAAGACAUUAAAAUUUAUGGUAUAGCUAUUACUCCAUCAUGUCCAUUCAAAGAUCUCCUUUUGGUUAAAGGACAUAGACUUAAGCAGAUCAGUGACCAAACAAGUGAAGUGACCAAAUCUAAGUAUGAGGUCAAGGGUUUAAAGCUAUCAACUGUUCAUGUAAACUCGGAUGGAAAAGUCACUGUUGGUGCUUACAGUGGGGAAUUAGUUUACCAAGCAGUGGGAAGACGGGUUGUGAUUAUAAUGGAUAGAAAUGGGAAACUUGAAACUACUUUUGAAUAUGACAGACAAGGCAAUCCUAUAUUUACACAUGUUAAGAAUAUAACCAGAACAAAAAAUGGUAAUACCUGUGUAGUGGACAAGUUAUCUGAAGAUAAGAGAGGCAGAGUAAUAAUACUGAGUGAGGAUGGAGAUGUUAUGAAUAUCUUCAAUGGCCAUCCAGAAGAAAACACAGACAAAAUUCCUUUCAGACCAAUUCGUGCAAUCACUACUCCAUCUGACAAUAUUGUUGUAUCAAACCAGAAUAAUGAUUUUUUAUUUGUUCUAAACAGUUCUGGAAAUUUAAUUAGAUGGUGUGACAUGAAAAAGAUUGGACUAUUUAAUAUAUUCUCUCUUUGUAUUUCUGAAUCUGGACGUAUUUUCAUAGGAUGUGCAACACAUAAAGGCAGCAGUGAUAAUGCCAAAAUAUAUGAAGUGAAUACUUUGUGAGGUAAAACAUUUCAGUUCAUGUGAGGAAAGUCAGAUCCUUUAAUACUAGUUCAGAUAUCAGAGACAGUGUUAGACUUUGUCGUAAUUGCCUUGU